GCCUGACUCCUGAGACUGGAUAGCUCCAUCAGCCCGCAGAGUGAGCUAGACUGGACGGCUGAGCCAGACGGUAUCCUGAGCACCCAACAAGCCCAUGCCACGGCCAGAUCCCUCCCCCAGGCCAGGGGCUCUCCUGCCUAUGCUCCUGGCUCUCCUUGGUGUGGCUUGGGCAGAGGUAUGGACGCCCCAGCCGCAAGAGCAGGCUUCAGUGCCCAGAGCCCUGAGUAGGAGGGAGAGUUUCCUGCUCCUCUCCCUGCACAAUCGCCUGCGCAGCAUGGUCCAGCCCCCUGCGGCCAACAUGCAGAGAAUGGACUGGAGUGAGAGCUUAGCCCAACGGGCUCAAGCGAGGGCAGCUCUCUGUGGCACCCCAGCCCCGAGCCUGGCGUCUACCCCACAGGUGGGCUGGAACGAGCAACUGUGGCCCGCAGGUUUGGUGUCCUUUGUUGAAGUGGUCAGCCUGUGGUUUGCAGAGAGGCAGCAGUACAGCCACGCAGAGGCCGAGUGUGCCCACAAUGCCACCUGCACCCACUAUACUCAGCUUGUGUGGGCCACCUCGAGCCAGCUGGGCUGUGGGCAGCAUCUGUGCUCUGUGGGCCAGGCAGCCAUGGAAGCUUUUGUCUGUGCCUACUACCCUGGAGGCAACUGGGAGAUCAAUGGGAAGACGAUCAUCCCCUAUAAGAAGGGCGCCUGGUGUUCCCUCUGCACAGCCAGGGUCUCUGGCUGCUUCAAAGCCUGGGACCAUGAAGGGGGGCUCUGUGAGGUUCCCAGGAACCCAUGUCGAAUGAGCUGCCGGAACCAUGGACAUCUUAAUACCAGCACCUGCCACUGCCAUUGCCCCCCAGGAUACACAGGAAGAUACUGCCAAGUGCGGUGCAGCGUGCAGUGCGUGCAUGGCCGGUUCCGUGAGGAGGAGUGCUCCUGCAUCUGCCACGUGGGCUACGGGGGAGCCCAGUGUGCCACCAAGGUGCACUUUCCCUUCCACACCUGUGACCUGAGGAUCGAUGGAGACUGCUUCAUGGUGUCUUCAGAGGCAGACACCUACUACAGAGCCAAGAUGAAAUGCCAGAGAAGAGGCGGGGUGCUGGCCCAGAUUGAGAGCCAGAAAGUACAGGACAUCCUGGCCUUCUACCUGGGCCGCCUGGAGACCACCAAUGAGGUGACUGACAGCGACUUUGAGACCCGGAACUUCUGGAUUGGACUCACCUAUAAGACCACCAAGGAUUCCUUCCGCUGGACCACCGGGGAGCACCAGGCCUUCACCAGUUUUGCCUUUGGACAGCCUGACAACCAGGGGUUUGGCAACUGUGUGGAGCUGCAGGCAUCAGCCGCCUUCAACUGGAAUGACCAACGCUGUAAAACCCGAAACCGUUACAUCUGCCAGUUUGCUCAGGAGCACAUUUCCCGGUGGGACCCAGGACCCUGAGGCUUGGCCAGCACCUCCCCUGCUUGCCCCUGGCUACACCCACUUUGUUCGCCCGUUUGCCUACCUGUCUG